AUGGAAAUAAUCCCAUCCUCGAUCCACCAACUUUCUCUCCUCCUCCUCGUCCUUUCAUCGACCGUCUCACUCCUCGCACGGCCAUCCACAGCCAACGACAGCAAUGUCCUUCUCACCGGCGAUGUUCUCCCCACCAACGGCCAGCUUUCCAACGGCGACGCCACAUUCGUCAUGCAAGGCGACUGCAACCUGGUCUUGUACAACAAGCGCCGUGGCUUCCAAUCCAACACCCAUGGCAAUGGCGACAAUUGCACGCUAGCACUCAACGACCUCGGCCAAUUGGUCAUCAAGGGCGCCAGCGGCUCCGCCGUCUGGAGCUCCACCCCCCGCGGCAACUACACGAGAGGAAAGUACGCCGCCGUCCUCCGACCCGACGGUGAAGUAGCCAUCUAUGGCCCUGCCGUUUGGUCCACGCCCAACUUCGGAUUCAGCGCCGCGCGGGGUGCUGUUUCUACUCGGGCGAUGGAGGUUCCGAUGGCGAACAACGUGCUGUUCUCGUCCCAGGUUCUCUACGACGACGCCCAGCUCACGACGAGGGAUUACAUCUUCACCAUGAGUGAGAACUGCAAUCUGGCCCUGGUUAAGAGGUCCAGAGGCAUCAUCUGGCAGAGUGGAACGAUUGAUGGAGGCGAGUACUGCUUCCUCAGGCUUGACCACCGAGGGCAGCUGGCCGUUGUAGACGACGAGUACAAGACGGUGUGGCGCAGCCAGCCAGCAUCCAAGGAUGGAGACUAUGUGCUUGUGGUCCAGAUCAAUGGACAAGCCGUCGUCUAUGGACCCGUCGUCUGGUCGACAGCUGCCUACGGCCACUGAUCUAUGAGCAUAAGUUAAAGUUGCUCGUUGCACGGAUGUGUCUCGUCUUUGUUUGUUUGUUUGUUUGUGAGGUAUCUCAUGUUUGACGAUUAAUAAAUUUUGGCUUGCUGCUGCCACCAGCCUGUACGAGCUUUAUUUCCAA